CGAGGGGUGCUUUAGAAAGCAGACUACUAAACCGCAAAACUGGGUCUCCACGGCAAGAUGAGUUUGGCUCUGGAGGCGUGUCGGGAUGGCUCCGAAACUCUGCUGCACGGGGAGUUUGGGGCCUAUCCCCCCAAAGGGACCCGGUUUGCCCUCAGCCUCACGUGGACCGAACUGCACAUCCAGCGCCUGGUGCCCAAGCCGGACUCGGAUCACCGGACAGUGGUGCGCCUGGUCGACGUGGUGGGGUGUCACACGCUACGGAGCCACACGCUCACCGAUCGGUCGGCUUACUUCUGCAUCUACACCUACCCGCUGAAGAAGCGGAAAGUGGCGGUGGGCUCCGGCCGGGCGCGGCAGCGGACUGCGAGGACCUUCCAGGUGGACAAUGCCGAGUGCUAUGCGGGCAACCAAACGAUAGCGGAGAGGUGGGCAGCUGCCAUCAAAUGCCUGGUGCUGGGCAUUCCGAUCUCGAGCGAGACAGAGAUCACCUGCAGCCUCCUGCCGCGCCCCCGCCGUCUUCUGCUUUUGCUAAACCCUUUCGGAGGCAAGGGGAAUGCCCUGCAGUGGUGCCAGACCCACAUCCUACCCAUGAUCACCGAGGCCGACGUCAGCUUCAACUUGAUCCAGACAGAGAGACAGAACCACGCCCGGGAGUUGGUGCAGAGCAUCAGCUUAGCGGAGUGGGACGGCAUCGUGGCGGUUUCGGGAGACGGGCUUCUUUAUGAGGUUAUUAAUGGUUUGAUGGAACGACCAGAUUGGGAGGAAGCCAUUAAAAUGCCUGUUGGGAUUCUCCCCUGUGGGUCUGGAAAUGCCCUGGCUGGAGCCAUUAAUUCCUGUGCGGGGUUCGAGCAAGUCCUGGGCCAGGAGCUGCUGACCAAUUGCACUCUUCUGCUCUGCCACGGGGCCGUCUCCCCCAUGGAUCUCGUGUCCAUCACCACCUCGUCGGGCUCCCGUUCCUUCUCCUUCUUGUGCGUGGCCUGGGGCUUCAUCUCCGACGUGGACAUUGAGACCGAGAAGUACAGGCACAUGGGUCCGGCCCGCUUCACCAUGGGCCUCAUGGUCCGCCUGGCCUCUCUCAACACGUACCGGGGCAGGCUGUCCUACCUGCCAGCUCCGGACAGUGUGGCUCACCGGCCCAUAUUGCGUAGCAUUACCAUGUCAGCCAACGGGAGCCUCCCCUUCCAGCGGAUGCCCCUGCACCGCACCAUCUCCGACAUGGGGCUCUGCGAGAAACGCCACGCCUUCUCCUUCCAGGGGGUGGAGCCUGCCGACGAGCCCACCCUGUCGCCCAACUCCCCGCCUUCUUCCGGCUUCCAGCCCCCCAACUUCAACUUUGAGACCUUGCCCGAGGGGCUGGUCGCCGAUGGCAAGGGACCAAGACUGGCGAAUCCAACCGUGGUCACGCCCAACACAUCUUCUACCCGGUGCAUCCACGGCCCCCCGGACCACUUCCUGGCCCCGCUCGACCAGCCGGUGCCCAAGUCGUGGGUGACGGUGGAAGACGAUUUCGUGAUGGUCUUGGCCAUCUACCAGACUCACUUGGGCGCCGACCUGUUAUCCGUCCCCUUUGCCUGUUUCAACGACGGCCUCAUCCACCUCUGCUACGUCAAAGCAGGCAUCUCCCGGGCAGCCCUGAUCCGCCUCUUCUUGGCCAUGGAGAAAGGCACUCACUUUGAACAGGAGUGCCCCUACCUCAUCCACGUCCCCGUCCGCGCCUUCCGCCUGGAACCCCUCACCCGCAAGGGCAUCAUCACCAUCGACGGCGAGAGGGCGGAAUAUGGCCCCAUCCAAGGACAAAUCCAUCAUGGCAUGGCCAACCUAAUCACAGGCAUCGAGAAAGCCAAGAUUACGACCUUUUGA